AUGCUGGUGCCAGAACACCAAAUGGUGGCCAUCUUCGACUGUGCAAAGAAGGCAACCAUUACUUUGAGCGGUCCUGUCAACCAUGGCAAGCCGCUGCGGGUGCUCGAGAAGGACAUGUACAACUAUGUCUGUCAGUUUCGAGCAUCCGAGGCAGCGCCGACUUCGGCAGCGGCUUUCAUUUCAGCCUGGCGUUUCUUCCACUUCACCACUGUCAGCGAGUCGAGGGGGUGUCGGCGGUCAGAAGCUGUCUUUGCAGGCAGCGACUUGCAUGCGGUGAUCUGUGGAUUCGGGCUGUUCUGCCUUUUCUCUACUGCAAGGUGGGGGGACGCGGCCAAGGCCACCGGUCUCAAGGUGGAUUCCCACGGACGUGUGUUCUUAGUGGAGGCAUUAAUGCUUGGCCACAAGACGGCCAAGAAGGCUGACGACAGAACGACAUUCAUGAUGGGUCUGGAUGAGAGCGGGAUCCUCAUGCCUGCUUAUUCGGAGCAGUCGGGUGCUUGGAUGGACCGGCACAUGACCUCGGCGGAGGGCUCGGCAUGGUUGCAGGAGAUCUUGUGCGACAAUGGCAUGGACCCUGAUGAGGUCAAGGACCUGACCACCCAUUCGCUAAAAGCCACGCCAUUAUCGUGGGCGACCAAGUCGGGGAAAUUUAGCAAGCAUGAGAAGCGGGUACUGGGGCAUCAUGUGGCUCCUGGCGAAAAGAUGAUCGUCACUUACGGUCGUGAUGUGAUGACGCCCGUCUUGGCAAAGCUCCAACAUCUUGUUGAUGCCAUCAGAAGUGACCAGUUCGACCCGGAUCAGCCCAGGGCGGCCAGGUUGCACAGCCUCGUUCAAAAAUUGAACGAGGAAGCAGACAUCGAGCCUCCAACCGAGCGCCAAGUCAGGACUUGGAAAAGCUCGAUGAAUCUGAGUUGUCUGAUGUCUCAGCCGAAGACCACGAUGGACUUGGAGCGUUGCCCAGCCUGGUGCCCGGUCUCAGCGAAGAUCGUGAGCCGCCAGAGACGGGCCAUCAACAUGGAGGCGACCUUCUUAGAUGCUCUCCAGAAGGUCGGCAUCAAAACGUUUGGGCGCUUGGCUUACAUAUGUGCUGUGAACCCUCAGAGCGGCGAUGAUAGCGGUCUGAUCACAGCGGUCGAAGACUUGAUCAAGCGGAAGCUCGACCCAGCCGAGAUUCCUGACUUGAGGAGGCUCUGGUACGAGGCCAACACGUUUGCCAUAUCGGAUCUCAAACAGAGCUGCAGGGGGUUGUUCACGGAACGGGUGGAACCGUCUCAUGGGCUCAUCGACAAGAUCCAAUCGAUGAUCGACUCCGGCACUCUUAUCUACCUGCCGCCUCACAAGUGCCCGUCGCGAGCCUUGGAGAUCUCAGCCGAUCGUCCUGGGCAACAGGUGACGCUGGACGCUCAAGGAGGGCUGAAGGUGUCGAAAAAGCAGCUUGAGCUCGAGUGCGAUGUGAAUGGCGAACUUCGCCUCCGCGAGGCCUUUACUAGAAGAGCCUUGGCCUUUGACCAGCUGAACGUCCUGUCCUUUUCGGUUCAUGAACAAUGGCAUACUCACAUGUUCGAUGCCAUCACGCGUGAUCCCCCGCCGGGGCAUAAGUUCACAAGCAUCGCUCAGGCACUGAAUGCUGAUCGUGAGCUGUGGCAGCUCAUUGCUCAGGAAAGCCGAGGCGAGCUCAAAGUUGUCACCGGCGCCGACCCGCCGUUGGAUAAGUUCAUGGCCGCCUUGUCCACACACACCCGCGUGAACAUCUGCCUCGCCAAUCUCCCGAAAGGCUCCGGAAAGGGUCAGGGGGGCAAGACAGAUCAUGGGGGCAAGACAGAUCAUACGGGCCAGGAGGCAAAAGGGGGCCGUGGUCGCGGCGGCAAAGGCGCCAAGGGCGACAAGGGCAACAAGAGGAAGUGGGAUGAUUCCGUGGACCCCAAGCGCGCUGAGAUUCUGCAGUUGCUCAAGGAGAUGCCCAAGGGUUGUGUGUCACGCAUGCCGAAGACUCGGCAAUUCCUAUGUGUCCUGUUCCAGCAUGGCAAGUGCCCUCAUCAGUCUAAGGAUCGCUGCGACCGCGGCCCUCCGGGCCUGCCCACUACUGACGUGGCACCAUAUGCAGUUUUCGUCGAGUUAUGCUGCGGCUCGGCCAUUUUGUCCCACGCAGCUGCAUCCCAAGGAUGGCAGGUGUAUCCCAUCGAUCAUCACAGCAACCGAUUUGAGUCCCUUGUUUCUUUUCUCCCGCUUGACCUCAGCACACUCUCCUCGCGUAAGCUUGUGGAUGACCUCAUCCAUCACGUGCGGCCGCUCUGGAUCCAUUUCGGCCUUCCUUGCGGCACCUCGAGCCGAGCCCGCCAAUUGCCAGUUAGCCCCGAGCUGCGUGCCAAGGGAGUCCCCGCCCCUAGGCCUCUUAGGUCGGCUAGGUUCCCCUUAGGGUUACCUCUGUCGCCGCUUGAGCGCCAACGCGUGGAGUCAGCCAACGCUGUCUAUGUGACUUGCGUUCAUGCGCUCUUCGCAGCUUGGAAGGCCAACGCUCUCAUCACCAUUGAGAACCCGUCUCGGGCCUGGACUUGGGCGGCUUUAGCUCAGCUUGUUACCCGCUUCGGACGUGACCAUGGCUGCCCCGACUUCGUUGACUGGUUCUUUGGGCUUGAAGAUGUCCAUUUUUCUAUGUGCAUGCACGGGGGCCAACGCAAAAAGGACACGCGUUUGAGGUCCAGCCCAGGCGCCUUCAGCUCCUUGGCCUUGGAGUGCGAUGGACUUCACGAUCACGCCCCAUAUGGGCACCAGUGGUCGGGAGGCAGGUGGAACUUCGACACAGCUUCUGAAGCGCAAUACCCGCGCUUGUUGUGCCAGCGUCUUGUGUCCGCAGCUACUGCCGCGGUUUCGCCUGCGCUCCUGGAUGCCACGAGGCUGCACUUUCGUCUGGACUCCUUGGCUGCUGUUGGCGCCCAGACGGUGAAACAUCAGUCCCGUAUUCUCAGUGCGACAACUGCCACGCCGCCCCCGGGUGGCGUGCCGUUGUCCCUUGCCAUUUCUCUUGAAACCCCUCUGAGUGCCGAGCCGGCUGAGAAGCUAGCGUGGACCAUGCUACAAGACCGCGUGGCGUCCCGAGAUCAGGUCCUUCAGAUGGUUUCCUUGUUGUCGCAGUCUCCCAGUUCGAGGCGCGCCAAGCAGCAUGAGGGCUUGGCUUGGAUGACUGGGGCCUAUGUCUUCGGACCUCAGGCUGGGCUGCAUGGGGCCUCCUCUACUAUGCCCUCGGUCAGCUGCGUUUUAGCCCAGCUGGCCCGACACUUCGCCCCGCAGGCUGCUUUUAGCGCUUUGGCGGUCUUCUCUGACUUCUACAGCCCUCGGCAUGUGGAUCAACACAACGAUCAUUCCUUCCUGAAUGUGGUCAUCCGCGAGCGCAGUGCGUUCUUGCCUGCCACUUUGCGGAAACUGCAGUGA